AUGGAAACGUCCCAACGGAUUCUCGAUGUCAUCCUACGCUACAAAUCACCUAUCCCUAAAAAUUCUCCAAACCGUGGUGAUGAGGGAGCGCUCAAGUUCCUUGGCCUCAUCUAUCGGUCAGUGAAGAACAAUGAGACAGUUCGAAUGGUCCUGCCAGCUUUCCCUUUCAAGAGCCCAAAUAGCAGCGUCAAGGUCCUGGGAACGCUUCCAGACAAGGCUGAAGAUAUAGCACUGGCGCACUUGAACGGCCUGUGCGCUGCAAUCGAAGACAUUUACUCCCCUGGCGCGGUACUGACUAUUGUAUCGGACGGUUUGGUCUACAAUGAUCUUCUGGGUGUAUCCGAUCAAACUGUCUGGACCUACGGCCAGUCGCUACGUCAACUUACCAAGACAAAGGGUUACACACACAUCGAGUUUGCGAGACUGAAAGAUCUGCUUGGUAUCGCAUCUCUACGCGAUGAUGUUGACGAAAUGACAUAUGCGGCGACUGCACCUUCGAUUCGCCUUGCGUUGAUGCAACGCUAUGGUACCAUCAACUGGGAUGCCAUCACCAACGAGUCUUACGUCAACAACGACGAGAACAAGCGUUUGACAUACUGUGGAUACCUGAAGUUCCUGGCAUUGGACCUUGCCGACACUUAUCCAAUUGGUCCGGAGCGGACGAAGAGCGCUUUCAAAAGAGGCGUAGAAACCAUCGCGAAGAGCAUGCUGAAACGUGGAGAGGCUUUCGCCCGAGCAGUCCGUGAGAACUACUCUGACCAUGUCCGACUCUCCAUUCAUCCAAGCACGGGCGAGGACAAGAUUUCGAUCAACGUCUUGCCGGUCGAGAAGGUAUUAACGCCAUGGCAUAGCACUAUCGCGAUCAAGGUCGAUGGCACGGUGCUAGCAGGACAGCGUCAAUCUUUCGAAGAGGACACAAACAUGGAGCUCGUGUCUGAGAAUGGAAGGCCCAGCUACUUCCGCGAACGUUCAGACUUUUAUCAAUGGGACUGCCCAGCUCCUGUGACAUUCGAACCAAUGUAUCCAUGUGGGAUCAUGAUCAGACCGUCUGAAAAGUCUAAACGCCUAUCUAUCCAAGAUGUGGAUGGUCAGAAAGUACGACAGCUGGCAGAAGCCAACUCGCCUGUCAUCCUGAGGGGCUUCGCCCAGACGAAGAACCGAGACGCAUAUGUUGCAAAAUCGUACGAAAUGGGUGUACCUACACCGUGGAAAUUUGGGCUUGUUCUCGAAGUCAAAGAUCGUGGAGCUGAAGGUCAGGGCCUCAACAAUGUGCUAAGUCAAGAGUGGAUGCCCUUUCACUUCGACGGCUUGUUCAAGACUGAGAAGCGGACCCGGGACGAUGGCAGCGAGUACCUUGUCCCGAACCCUCCGCGAUUCCAGUACUUUGCUGCCGUCACACCAAGCCCAAAGAACACCGGAUAUACGCUGUUCUCAAGCUCAAAACUUCUUUUCGACCAUCUUCCAAUGGACAAACCACUGGAACAUCUCAAGUCUUUGACUUGGUCUGUCAAGACGCGCUCUUUCGAUCAGUCCAUCAUUGAUGGCAUGCCGCUUGUCGUAACUCAUCCUUCUACUGGCCGACCUUGCCUGAAGUUUCACGAGCGGUGGCCUCAGGAGAAGACACGAUUCGACCCAACAGAAGUGGUCAUUGAGAAUGGCGACGAGAGCGUGUGUGAUGUGCUGGAAUCGUUGUUGCAUGACCGUAGAGUAUGCUAUUGGCACUCGUGGCUCGAAGGCGAUCUAAUCGUCAACGACAACAUCUCGAUGCUGCACACGAGAAGCUCGUUCCAGGCUGGUGUUGACCGAGAGCUGUGGCGCAUCCAUUUUGAUUGA